AUGGUGGAAAGCCGACAACCCGAGGUCCUGGCCAUCAUCGGUACUUUCACAGUCGUCGCCUCUCUCACAGUCUUCCUCAGGGUAUGGUCGCGGUACCUCGGCCGCAACUUUUGCUGGGAUGACCACCUUAUCUUGAUAGCCUUUGUCCUCCUCAUACUAGAUACUCUGGCAACAUGGAUGUACAUUGUACUGAGCGGCACCGGCUAUCAUGUCUAUGAUCUGCCCAAGAAGUCCGUGGCGGAUCAGCUCGUUGCGAUACGAUGGAACUUCGCUGUACAGAUGAUGUACCACCCACUCGUCAUUGUCAUGAGCCUGGGAUGGAUCGCGACAGGCGUCUCAAUCGGCAGAUUCAUCGUAUACUACUACCGGUUUGCUCCCACCAACAAGGAUCGCACAUGGGAUAUUGGCAUCGGAAUCAGCAUCGCCGAACCAGCUGUACACAUCAUGACAGCCUGUGCGCCAGCGACCAAGUGUCUCUUCCGAACCCUGUUCCCUCAAUAUGGCACCGGCCGGAACACCUCUUACUACGAAGACCGUACUGCGGGCACAAUGCGACCGAGCACCAAGGUUUUCGGGAACUUCAACUUUGGGCUAUCCAACAACCCAGAUGACGAGAUCACUAUCCAGGAACUGGGGGGUGCCCCUAGGACUGCGCCACUUCCACCCGUCAAGGACGAGUGCGAAUAUGGAUUGAAGGCAAUGGGAAGCUUCGAAUCUAAGGAGUUUGUUGCGAGAGGAUUAGGGAGGAAAAAGAGCUGCUCAAAAACCGCAUGCACAGAAGCUAGUGAGCCCGUAGAGGCCGAGCCAGAGCAUUGCCUGGGGCAAGCUCGGUGA